UCCACGACGAGCCCGAGGCCGCCGCCGGGCCCACAGAUUUACGGUCUGCAGCAUGUCUGGAGCCCGCACUGCGCCUGCUCGCCUCCUCCUCCUCCUCCUCCUCGGCUGUUCUGCGCUUGCGCUGGCCAUCGCCUGGGGCUCUCCGGAGCAGCGCGAGGCCGAGUACUACCUGGCUGCUGUGUACAAGCACCGGGCGGUGCUCUGCCCAAAUCUCAGCAGCCUACAGGAGGCCCUGGAGCUCAUGAAGCAGAACCUCGACGUCUAUGAACAGCAAGUGAUGGCUGCAGCCCAGAAGGGUACACAGAUUAUAGUGUUCCCAGAAGAUGGCAUCCAUGGAUUCAACUUCACAAGAACAUCCAUUUACCCGUUCUUGGACUUCAUGCCAUCUCCCAAGCUGGUCAGGUGGAACCCGAGUUUGGAGCCAUUUCGGUUCAAUGACACAGAGGUCCUCCAGCGCCUGAGCUGUAUGGCCAUCAGGGGAGACAUGUUCCUGGUGGCCAACCUUGGAACCAAGCAGCCUUGCUUUACCAGUGACCCGGCAUACCCACACGAUGGGAGAUACCAGGAUAACACAAACAUAGUCUUCAGUAACAACAGAACCCUUGUUGGCCGCUACCUUAAGCACAACCUGUACUUUGAGGCAGCCUUUGAUACCCCUGCUGACAUGGACCUCGUCACCUUUGACACCCCGUUUGCUGGCAAGUUCGGCGUGUUCAUCUGCUUUGACAUUCUGUUCUUUGACCCGGCGGUCCGACUCCUCAGAGACUCUGAGGUGAAGCACAUUGUAUACCCCACAGCCUGGAUGAACCAGCUGCCUCUUCUGGCAGCCAUCGAAAUCCAGAAAGCAUUCACCACUGCCUUCGGUGUCAGCGUCCUGGCAGCUAACAUUCACCACCCGACUCUGGGGAUGACUGACAGUGGCAUACACACCCCCCUGAAGUCCUUCUGGUACCAUGACAUGGACAUCCCCAAAGGCCACCUUAUAACUGCCCAGGUAGCCACAAACCCACCGGGCCUCGUUGGGAAUACAACUAGUGAAAUGGACCCAUCCCACCAGAAGUUCUUAAAAGUCCUGUCGGUGGGACUGGACCCGUACUGUGAGAAGGAUGCCCAGGAAGUGCACUGUGAGGAGGCUGCCCUGUGGACCGUGAACGCACCGCCCACCUUCCACUCGGAGAUGAUGUAUGAUAAUUUCACCCUGGUGCCCGUCUGGGGAAAGGAAGGCUAUCUGCGGGUGUGCUCUGGCAGCCUCUGCUGUCACUUCCUGUACGAGAGGCCCACGCUGUCCAAAGAGCUGUACACCCUGGCUGUCUUCGACAGACCCCACACCAUGCACAGCACCUACUACAUCCAAGUCUGUGCCCUGGUCAAGUGUGGGGGCCUUGGCUUUGACACUUGUGGGCAGGAGAUCACAGACGCCCAACGCUUAUUCGACUUUCACCUGUGGGGGAACUUCAGCACCUCCUAUAUCUUCCCUUUGUUUCUCACUUCCGGGAUGACUCUGGACAGCCCUGACCAGCUCAGGUGGGAGAGUGAUCACUAUUUCUUGAGGAAGAGUGGACUGUCCUCUGGCCUGGUGACAGCAGCUCUCUAUGGGCGGUUAUAUGAGAGGAACUAGGACAAUUGUGUGGCCAGUGGGCUGGGCUCCGCCAGUUUCCUCCUCACAGACCACAGAUCCUGAGUGCUGGGACCAUCUCUGCCCAGACGGUGAAAAGGCAUGUCUGAAGCAUUUGAUCCCACCCUGGGAACUGUAAGAAGGUGGGAGAGGCAGCUCCUUUUUCCUCUCUACAUAAAGACUGAGACAUUUUCUGCUAUUUUCUAUUCACAUUAUCCUUUUUCAAGCCACACCUUCCCACUACACAAUUGGUUUUAAAUGCUAAGCCAAAAAAAUAAACAUC